UGCUUUGGGUGAGAUUUGAGUGGGGGUGACGAUCUGCGACAAAUGAGUUUCGGAUAGUGCCACCAAGGUACGCGAGGGACCUUGAGGCCGCCGCCCCCGUCACAUAUAUGAAAGACGAUGGCCAGAUCAUCUCCCCUCUCGAACGUCUAUCGCAAUCUUCGCCAUACACUACAUCAUCAUGCAUUGCAUGCUUGACAAAUUACCAUUGGAGCUUCUGGAGCUCAUCUGCGACGAGCUCGAGACUCAGGAUCUAGCCUCUCUGCUGGCAACAUGUCGCCAUACAUACAACCGAACAAUCCACCGCCUGGCCCAACGCUACUCAGAAAUACACCUCGAUUUCUCGAAGGGAAGCCUCAGUCAAAUCCACGCGAUCGCCAAUAACGAUAUCAUGCGCCAGCAUGUUCAGCGGUUGGUGGUCAUGGCUCCCGAGCCGUUUCUGGGGCGCAAUCUCGAAUGGCAGCGCAGCGCCGCGGGCCACCUUUUCAACCCCCUCGAAAAUCCCAUUAUCCGACAGUUUCGCAAUAACCUGGUCGACAAGCUGGUCAAUUGUCGAUCAUUCGUGAUUUCACCACUGGGCAAUCACCUUGCGUCCGACGAUGACGAGAUGGAUGUGUCUUAUGAUCAACACUUCACCCCCGACGACGCCGCGAGCAUCCUGCUUGACAUCAUCGCUGAUACUGCUCUGCCCGUAAAGCUCUUCUGGUAUGGCCGAGGAACGAACUAUCGGUCCGAGAUCAUGAAUAUUCAGCGAUUGCCUAAAACACUCUUUAUCAGUCCAGGAUUUCGUGCAGGAUGGGGCUCGCUCACAAACUUCCAUCUGGAGCACAAGCUCACGCCACAGAACUAUUCCUUUCUUUUGAAUAUGCUGCUCAGCACCCCAAAUCUUCGGAAACUGUAUCUCAGUCUAACACCUAAAGACCUGGCAAUUGAAUUCUAUUCGCAUGUCGCCAAGUCGGAGUCUCUAUCCUGCCUAGUGGAACGGAUAUCGCUCUGCUGUACAGCCAUUCGGUCGUCGGACCUCAUGCACAUACUCGAUCGGUCUCGACAUACACUGAAGCGAAUGAUUCUUUCUGACGUUGGAGGCUUGUCGGGGAGCUUACCCCAAUUACAGGACCAGCUGUCUAGUUUCCCCUGUCUGGAGAAGGUGGACUUGAGAAUCUGCCAAUAAUCAAUGAUUAUGCACGGUACCAAAUGAGAUACGAAUUACGCCUUUUACCUGCGCUUUACAUGCUUUGGCCACAGCCAUACCUGCUGGAGGUGUAGGUUUCACGCCGUGAUGUAAUAUAUACCAACCAUCAGCAUCCUGCUCAGGACACGACAACCUCACUACAAGGCGACAUGCCGAGGAUUGUCUUUUGAAACCUGAAGACAAGCACAGACCUUACUCGCAUCCAGGCCUUAUCAGAUGCGGAUGAUCAUUCUGACUUGUCUCAUGGCCUUGAAGGAGGAGCUGCCAGCCGUUCUGGCCGCUUAGGGCCCCGGACUCUGCAGGCUGAUCAUUUGGUUAUGAGUGGUUGCUUGCUGGCUCAGUCACGGCACUUGAGUGAUUGCCCGAGCCUGCUUUCCUAGUUUAGACAUAUAAUCAUAAUUGAAUCCAGU